UAUUGUACUGUCCACAACCUAACGAGCCGAAUUUUGACGUAUGCAAUCUGAAUGUAUGUAACAAAUUCGGUCUCGGUGUCCCGGUUUUGUGUAUGCAACGAGCUAAACAAUGUGCGAAAGAAAGUACGAGCUGCCCAGGAAUUGGUUCAAAAGAAUCAGCAGAAGAAGAUACCGUGGCAAGGAAUAUUUUUUUAACGCAACAACCAAAGAGAGGUCAUGGGACCAUCCGUUAAAAGACAUUGCGAGAAACAGUAUUGCUGAAUGGCUGCACCAAAAUGAAACUGGAUCGACUACCGACAAUAAUGUACCAGUAACAGUUAACUCGCCGACUGUUCCAAGUCAAUGUGAUGAUCAGUGUGCUAACAGUUCCACAGCAACUUUCAGUUCUCAUUUGGAAUCAGAAUAUAAAAGAUUUGAAGAAGCUCUGGCGAUUAUUGAAAAAGAUGCGGCUAUUGAUUCAGCCAUCGAUUCGUCUUCAGCCUACUCACCAUAUGAGGAACACCAUUUCGAUACACAGUCCAUUCAGUCUAUCACAUUCCCCGACAAGCAGGCAAUACAUGAGGUGUCGUUGCUUCGUAACAACAAAGCAUCGAUGAUUCAACGAUCGUUCCACCUAGUCAUCGAUACCAACAUUUUUUUAACUCAAAUGACGUUCCUCGAAAAUUUGUUGAACAAAAUCAACGAUGUUCCAGGCAAACCGAUGCUAGUCAUCCCAUACGUGGUGUUACAAGAACUGGACGAAUUAAAAAUGAGAACCAAGAAACAUAUUUCUGUACAGGCAAUGCAUGCGAUUGCGUUCAUAUCCCAGCAACUGAAAAUGAAACCAGACCAUAUUUGCGGUCAGUCUGCCAUGGACAAUGGCAUCCAAUUCAUUGACGUAUUCAAUGCAAACGACUCAAUCAUAAAUUGUUGCUUGCAACUCAAACAGAAUUGUGAGCAUGUGGUGCUGCUAACGAAUGAUCUCAGUUUGAGCAACAAGGCGAUAUGUUCGCAUAUCGAGGUGUACACUAAAAGUGAAUUGGAAGGAAUUUUGUCUAGCUUUAGGAAAAAUAAUGUAAAUUUGCGCUAAGCAUCCACUCUGAGAGUCGACGACGUCAGUAAAAUUCAGAACUGAAUUUGCUUCAUUUAGCUGUUUUUCAACUGGGCCACACAUACACACACAAGACGUAUGAGUGGUUUUUCCAUGA